CUCCAUGUGUAUAGUAAUGUGUGGUAUGUCCCUCCUCCUGGUUGAUGGAUCAGGUGUGUAGGCCAUGCCCUCAUAGUGAGCUCAGGUAGAACUUAUACAAACACAGACAGAACACCUGAGACGCUGUCUCUGCCAUACCUGCUCAGCUCACCUGGAACCAUGCAUGUCAGCAUCCCUAUCACAGAGGCGCUGGUGGAUGAACUCGGGGGACAUUAUGUGCUCUACACAGUUUAUCUGGAAGGCUUCAUCCUCUUCAAAGUGCGGUACAAGGAUCUACAUUUUUGGGAUGAACAGAUGCAUCGGAUAUUUGGGAACAGACUACCUGUAUUUCCACCAAAACACUACCUGGUGAUGACCAAAUCCAUGAGUGAGGAGAGGAGGACAAUGCUUGAACAAUACUUACAAGAAAUUGUUUCAGAUCCUGUUGUUUCGAACAGUGAGAUAUUCAUGGACUUUUUGAAGAAACUUCAAUUGGGAACUUUUAAUAUCCCCAAAGUGCUGUUGAUUCUCAAGGUCUACUUGCCCAAUGGAAGGCAAGUCCAAGUGGAUGGUCAGUCAUCUGAUACUGCUGAGAGAGUGCUGGAGGCUGCUUUGUACAAACUGGGAGUGUCCAGGGAAUUGAAGGAAUAUUUUAGUCUGUUUAUUACACACAAAGAGAACAAUGGCCCAUUCACUGUAAUAAAGCGGAUUGCGCACUUUGAAAUCCCUUUUGUGACAAUUUGGAACAUAAAAGAUGACAGUUUCCAGAUUGAUAUCAGGAAGUGGUAUAUGGAUCCCUCUACUGAUGUGAUGUUAAUGGGCUGUACAGCUGCAGUUGAUUUUCUUUAUUUCCAGGCUGUUCAAGAGCUGGAGAUGAAUUGGUCCAGACCAACGGUGGAACAGAGGCAGAAUCUUCAGCAAUUUAUGAAGGUGGACGAUAAAGUCAAGUUUUUGGAGCUCAUGCUGGGAGUUGAACAUUACGGUUCUGUGGUAUUCGGCCCUUGUACUGCAGACCUGUCAGAGGUCAGAAGCACCAUGACGGUGUCUGUGGGCAGCAAUGAACUGUCCUGUAGCAGUAAGGAUGAACAUUUUUGUCUCCCCAUCAAUAUGAUUACUCGAUGGCAUGUUAAUAUGCAUGUGCAAACUGAAAAAUCCAACAGCCAGCCAUUAGAACUCAAACUGGAGUACAAACAAGGGCAAGAGAGGACAUGGAUGACAAUAUGGACAGAGCAAGCGUUUCUGCUCAGCAGCUGCCUAAAGAAGACACUGAGUGAGCAGCCAGUGAUUUCAGUCAAGGAGAACCUGGAAAUUAUGGAAAAGAAGACAUCAGCAAAUAUAUUUAGCAGAAAAGCUAAGCAGCUUGAAUUCUUUAAGAAAAAUGUUUCCUGCUCAUCUGAACUUGAACAAAGUAAUGUGUUUGAGUCACAAGCAUUUGGUCUGUAAUAUCUCUCUGGGCUUGUUUGACUAAAUCCUGUAAAUAGAAUUACAUUAUCACCAGAAUUUGUAUUGCUUGCUAUUACAAGGGAUACCAGCUGCACAGAAAUGUGUAGACUGCCAUGCAAAAUGCAGGCAAAUAAAUUUACAUUUGUUAAUAAAGCUAAUGGGGGGGGGAAUCGGGUUGUACUGAACGCAUCAGAUGGAUGAAUAAUACACGUUUUACGAUGAUCUAAAAACCUCAUACCCAAAGCAACACAAGGUUUAUUGGACAGAUAUUAUUGUGUCUGCAUUUUCUAUUCCAUGUUUUGGUUUCGUCAAUGAUCUCACAUUUGGCUGCCUUUUUUUUUUAUUCUGUAGACUCG